GAGGGUCCAGGAGCAAGUGGGGCUAUUUGAUUUCCUCCAUGAUGUGGAAGCAGAGAAGCAACUAGGCUGAAGGAUUUCAGCUCCUGCAGGUUCCUUCCCUCCCCAAAUGCAAGUCCACCGGUGCUGCAUGCUGGUGACAGCAGUUUUCUGCUGGUGGGAAGAUUUAAAAAGUCUCCUUCAAGUUAAGGUUAAUUCCUUAGGAACAGCUUCCCUCCAGAAGUUUUGGGUGCUAGAUCACUUAAGGUCUUAAAGAAGAGAUUGGACAUCAAUUAGUCCGGACUAACAUAGAGUCUCCUGCCUGAGCAAGGAAUUGGACUAUAGAAGACCUCCAAGUCACUUCCAACUCUUGUUAUUCUGUUACGGACUUGCUGUUUUCUUGGCAACAAUAUUGGACUGAUCUGCAUCUGCUUUCUUCCUUCUAAGUCUACAAGCACAAUAUUUCCUAUUGGUGCGCUAUCCAUGCGUUAAGCGGGUUAAACUGUGCUUUGUAAAAAAAAAAAAGCUAUUGGGGACUUAUUGGGAUGUUUAGUUGUAUAGGUGGUCCUCACUUACCACUUGUUCCUGGAGCCUUCAAAAUUACAAUGGCACUGUAAAAGCAUACAUUCAUCUUGUACACAAAUUUGUGGCCAUCGUAGCACAUUCAGUGACCGCAUUUCAGAAGUUCCUGUGGAUAUGAAGAUGGAGGAAAAGGAGUUGCACCAAUUGAGAUAUUGCCAACGGCUGCACAUUGAUGAUGGUUGCAGCAUUCCACCUUCAUAAACCCCAUUAGUGACCUUUCCAGCUAUCCUCUGUCAAAUAAAAUCAAUGGGAAUACUGACAAAGAUGAUGCCAAGCUCCAUAGAUGUGCCUAUUGUGAUUAUGCAGGGGAGAAUACACUCUGAAGAAAAGCAGACACAAAUUAUCUGAAUGUGGUAAAAGCUCAGGUCAGAACUGCUCCUUUUUGGUUCAUGAAAGGACCCACACAGGAGAGAUGCCCUACAAGUGUUCCCAAUGCAGUAAAUGCUUUAGCAAAAAUGGCAAUUUAGUGAUGCAUCAGAGGACUCACACCAGGGAGAAGCCAUAUGACUGUCCUGAUUGUGGGAAACGUUUCAUUGGAAAUUCCAACUUCAUGAGACACCAGAGGACUCACACAGGAAAGAAACGCUUUGACUGUCCUGAUUGUGGGAAAUGUUUCAGUUGGUACAGCAGCCUGGUGAUACACCUGAGGACUCACACUGGAGAGAAACCCUUUAAAUGUCCUGAUUGUUGGAAAAGCUUCAGUCAGAAUUCCAACCUGAUGAUACACCAGAGAAUUCACACAGGAGAGAAACCCUUUGAAUGUCCUGAAUGUGGGAAAAGUUUUAGUCAAAAUUAUGCCCUGGUGAUACACCAGAGGACUCACACAGGAGAGAAACCCUUUAAAUGUCCUGAAUGUGGGAAAAGUUUUAGACAGAAUUCUGACCUAGUGAGCCAUCAGAGAACUCACACAGGAGAGGAACCCUUUGAAUGUCCUGAUUGUGGAAAAAGUUUCCGUUACAAUUCCAGCCUGGUAAAUCAUCAGAGAACUCACACAGGUGAGAAACCUUUUAAAUGUCCUGAUUGUGGAAAAACAUUCAGUCAGAAUUCCAACCUGAGGAAUCAUCAGAGGACUCACAUCAGGGAGAAACCGUAUGACUGUCCUGAUUGUGGGAAAAGUUUCAUUAUAAAUUCCCACCUCGUGAGACACCUGAGGAGUCACACAGAAGUGAAACCCUUUGAAUGUUCUGAUUGUGGGAAAUGUUUCAUUGGAAAUUCACAACUCGUGAGACAUCUGAGGACUCACACUGGAGAGAAACCCUAUGAAUGCUCUGAUUGUGGGAAGAGUUUUAGUUACAAUUCCAACCUAGUGUUACAUCAGAGAACUCAUACAGGAGAGAAACCGUUUGAAUGUUCCGAUUGUGGGAAAUGUUUUAGUCUUAAUUAUGGCUUGAUGAUACACCAGAGGACUCACACAGGAGAGAAACCUUUUGAAUGUCCUGAAUGUGGGAAAAGUUUUAGUCAGAAUUCUGACCUGGUGAGCCAUCAGAGGACUCACACAGGAGAGAAACCCUUUGAAUGUCCUGAUUGUGGAAAAAGUUUCAGUUACAAUUCCAGCCUGGUAAGACAUCAGAGAACUCACACAGGAGAAAAACCCUUUCAGUGUUCUGAUUGUGGGAAAAGUUUCCGUCACAAUCCCAACCUGGUAAGACAUCAGAGAACUCACACAGGAGAGAAACCCUUUGAAUGUUCUGAUUGUGGAAAAAGUUUCAGUGAGAAUUCCCACCUGGUAAGACACCAGAGGACUCACACAGGAGAGAAACCCUUUGACUGUUCAGAGUGUGGGAAAAGUUUCAGUUACUGUUCUCACCUGAUGAAACACCGGAGGACUCACACAGGAGAGAAACCCUUUGAAUGUUCUGAUUGUGGGAAAUGUUUUAGUCAGAAUUCUGACCUGGUGACCCACCACAGGACUCACACAGGAGAGAAACCAUUUGAAUGUCCUGAUUGUGGGAAAAGUUUCAGUCAGAAUUCCCACCUGGUGACACACCACAGGACUCACACAGGAGAGAAACUCUUUGAAUGUUCCGAUUGUGGGAAAAGAUUCAGUCAGAAUUCCAACCUGAUAAGACAUCAGAGAACUCACACAGGGGAGAAAUUGUAGUUGGUAUCUAGAGUAGAGGUCUUCCAACUUGGCAGCUUUAAGACUUGUGGACUUCAACUCCCAGAAUUCUCCAGCCUUUAACUGGUGCACCAUGCUGUCAUGCUGGGAGUUGAAGUCCACAAGUCUUAAAGCUGCCAAGUUUGAAGACCUUUGAUCUAGAGUGUGAGAAAACGUUCAGUUCCCAUUCUAAUCUGCGAAAAUACCAGAGGACUCAUACAGGAGAGAAACCAUAUGUGUGUCUGGACUGUGGUAAAAGUUUCAGUUACCGUUCUAACCUGAUGAAAUACUUGAGGACUUACACAGGAGAGAAAUCCUAUGAGUGUCUAGAGCAGGGGUCCCCAACCUUUUGAUCCUCAGGGACCACCAAGUUCAUAAUUUUAAAUCCCGUGGACCACUGGUGCGGGGGGAGGCUCAGCCGCCUUUAACUGGUGCGCCAUUAUUAUUUUUUGCAGAACAUAACCAAGGCAAUGCAGCAAAGGAAGCAAAGCUAACAAAUCUCAGUUCCCUCACUUCAUGCUAAGUUUCUUUUAAGAAUUUAUACUCAUUCCCAUAUUAAAUGCACAUAUACUCGUACCUGGGAUUUAUCCACCAAUCCAAUACAAAGAGAAGUCUUUAAAGCCCGGUGUUUCUAAAUCUUCGUUUUUAAAUUACACAGGCAAAAAAAAAAAAAGCAGGUUGGAAGCAAAUGGAGGACUUGGGAAUGUUAUGGUUGGGGGAAAAAUCAGUGAGAAAACAGGAGAUGUCAGAAAGGGAUGGCCGAUGUAAAUAAUAUUUUUUUAAAAUCACAGUCAAAGGGGGUUUGAGCAGCUAACGCUGGAAAAGUGAACUUAGGAAAGCGUCAGCUGGGUACAAAAAGAGGAAGGGUCUUUUUUUUCCCUCCAGAAAGAGCCACAGGAAAAGAAGGGGAAAGAGCCAGGCGAGAGACAAGCCUUUGUGAGGAAAAGUCAGGCAAAGAUACCCUACUACCAGGUUUCUUCCUCCUCCUCUUCCUGGAACUGCUGCUGCUCUUCUUCCUUUUCUUCCCAGCCGUAGCCACCAAACCUCUGAAGAUCCAGUAUUUCCACCUCAUCCAAAAGGCUGGCUGGGGGCAGAAGGAUGGAAGGGGUGGUGAGGGCUUUGUGGGGUCCCCCUAAUGGGGGAUGGCUUGAAGUAGACGAAGGGCUCAGCUUGGCAUACGAGAGCUGACGCUGGGCUCGACCUGCGCUGGAGGGGAGCUGCUAUGGGGGACUGAUGAGGGGGCGCUUGUGGCUCGGAGUGCUUGCGGCUUGGAGUGAUAAACCGUGUUCAGAAAGCACUACAGCAGAGAGAAGCAGACAGAGUCAACCCUGGCUUUGCUGUCCAUUGCAGACGCUAGAUCGGCCCCCUACAAACUCUUGUCUGUCGAGGAGCCCAGCCAAAGUUUCCCGUGCCGCUUCAGCGAGCGCUCCUUGAGAGACGAGAGUUUGCAGGGGGCCGAUCUAGAGUCUGCAAUGGACAGCAAAGCCAAGGAUGACUCCCGCUGCUUCUCUCUGCUAACAGGCGGCAAAGCUAACUGCCUGAAGGACCCCAUCCUGUCCCUGAGAGUCAAAGUGCUGAAGCAUGAGCGGUGCAGGAAACCUUGGCUGGGCUUCUUGAGAGAAAUGGAAAGAUUUCUCUGCGGCCCACCAAAAUUUUCUCACGGACCACAAAUGGUCCACGGACCACCGGUUGGUGACAACUGGUCUAGAGUGUGAGAAAACGUUCAGUUCCCAUUCUAAUCUGGGAAAACACCGGAGGACUCACACAGGAGAGAAACCAUAUGUGUGUCCAGAGUGUGGGAAAAGUUUCAGUUACCCGUCUGUGUUUAUGAAACACUAAAGGACCCACACAGGGGAGAAGCCCUACAAGUGCUCCCAAAGUGAUAAAUGCUUUAGUGGAAAUGGCAACUUGCUGAUACACCAGAGGACUCAGACGGGAGAGAAGCUAUAUGAGUGUCCGGAUUGUGGGAAAGAUUUUAAUACUAGUUCUAACCUUAUAAAUCAUGUAGUUUUACACACAGAAGAAACCUUUUAUACGUCCAGCCUGUGGACGAUACUUAAAGCGUAAAUCAUCUCUUAUUGCACACAAGAAAACCCACAUGAGGCAGAAGUGGAUGAGUUUAGAGAAAACCUGAAAAUUAGUUUGUGAUCUCCCAUUGAAAGUUUAGGUUAGAAAUUUACUGUUUGAAUUCCGCCUGAUUGUUUUUACUCAAACGUGUCUCAGGAUUGUACCUGUAGAUGGGGAGACGAAAAUGGAAAAUGUUUGCAAUGGCCCUUAUGCAACUACCCCCAAUCCUAUGUUCUCUCUUAUUUGGCCGUUAAAUAAAUUUGUGAGUCAUUAAGCAGAACAGUGGUUACUUCAGGGUUGGGGGCAUAGCACAGGCCCAGGCUUGCCUUCCAACGGCCUCCUCUACCCCAACCCCUUCCCUCCCUCACAGGCCUUUUCACUCCCAUGGGGUCCCCGCAAGACUUAGGCCUGACUCCCACUCCACUAGGCCUCACAGCCUCCUCCAUAACCUUUGAAGGUCUCUGAACCUCAAGUUGGUGAAGAAGCCCAGGACACGCAUCCCAGGGCCACCUGGCUAUGUCCUGGAAGCAGCCGUUAUUUUCAGUGUGCCUAAAAUUCAACCCUGGGCCAUGUGAUGGACUUGUGGAAGCAGCUGCCAUUUUGUUACAUCUGCCUCAGGGCCAAAAUAGCGACUGCUUCUGAGUAAUUGUCACGUGGGGAGAGGGAGAAACUGCUCUGCUUCAUUAAGGGAUUGUGGGUGCACUGAAAAUGAUGGCUGCCUCCAGGAGGUCUCCAAAAGUUAAGUGUUUGAUGGAUGAGGGACAUGUAGGGAUAGACACAAGGCCCAAUGAAAAUAGCAAUGUUAAAAUUUCAGAUGAAAAAGCCUUGCAGAUGAAUCUGAUGGAAAAGAGCUGUAGGAAUAUUGAGUUGAGGAGAAAAAGGAUCCUGGCUUUGAUGAUAGGAUCUAAAAGUUUUAUUAGCAAUUCCUGCUGUGAUCUCAUUUUCUUGGAGGUGCCUGCUUGUUCCUCUUUGAUGGCUCCUGAGCGAAAGCAGCAUUCUGACAUAUCUAUUGUAUCCACUUGGUGGUGGCGAUGUGAGGAAAAAAUUGAACAGAGGAAAAUCUUUCAUUUUUACUAAUGCAUUGUGUUAGAACUAUCAGUAGCUUUUGACAAUGCAAAAAUUGGGUAGCGUCAGUGUUGCUAUAAACGCUAGGACCAGGCAAGACAGACAGACAGUCGCCUCAAAGUACGAGAUGUACAGUGAAUAAGUUUAAUAAUAAAUUUAACAAUAAAAUUGUUUUCUCAAUUCUUGCUCCGUGCUGAGGUCUCCACACAUAGAAUUUCUAAUGCACUACAAUUUUUCAGCUACCUGUAAUCUUGUGCAGU